AAUAGAAAAGCCCAGAAACAACAUCACCGCCUUUAACGGCACUAUAUCAGGAUUCAGUUGAGACAAAAACGGAAUCAAAAAUCAAAUCAAAAAAAUUCAAAUGGAGUCCACCGAGAAACAACCAGGAUUGCUACAACAAAUUGUACCACCGCGUCUAGAAGACGCAUGUCUCGAAGAUCCUGCACUUCCACCGGAAUCAAUCCACGAAGCGUUUCUCAAAGCAGUCGCCGCCAUGAAAUCGAGAAUAUUCACAUCCUCCGACGAAGAUGAUUGCAUCGACGAUCCAAAGCCGGGCGGCGAGGAUGCUUCAGAUGUCGUUGGUGUGAUUGAGUCGGAAAAGGAGGAGCCGGGAGCUUGUGUUGAUGGGUUGCAAGGUUUGGAUAAGGAGAAAGAUGAUGUGAAGGAAAAAAGUGAAGAAAAGGAGAAGAAAGAGAAGAAACCUAUCUUGGUUGGUGGCUAUCCUUGAAACAAUUUCAAGGAAUUUUGGUGUUAGAUUAUAUUAGAACUCUUGUAUUUUGUACUUUAUUUUAAUAAGUUAGGUUAAUUUGGUAUAUGAAUACGUAAAAUCUUUAUGCUUGUAUUGUACUACUAUGUAUGUAUAUAAAGUUUGUUGUUUUGUAUUAGUUUCUAUCUAUACUAUUCAUAUUCAUAGAAUGUUAUUGUAUUUAUUUGAGUA